AUGCUCAAUAACAUGCCGACACGGACCCCUACUCUUGUUGGCUUUCAAGGGCUGCGGCAGACAAACUUUUUGGACACCAGGUCCGUGAUAAAGCGUGACUUUGCAUCUACUGUAGCAAGUCAGAUGUCGCGGCCACGGGGUUCAGCAUCAAGAGGGGUGGUCCGGGUCAUGUUCGAACGAUACACUGAGAAGGCCAUCAAGGUAAUUAUGCUUGCGCAGGUGGAGGCCAGACGUCUUGGCCACAAUUUCGUUGGGACAGAGCAGAUGUUACUAGGGCUUAUUAGUGAGGGGACUGGGAUUGCAGCAAAGGUUUUGAAAUCUGUGGGAAUUAAUCUUAGGGAUGCCCGAGUGGAAGUUGAGAAGAUUAUUGGACGAGGUAGUGCUGGGUCCGUGGCUCCUGACAUCCCAUUCACACCCCGUGCCAAGCGUGUAUUGGAACUGACAGCUGAAGAAGCUCGCCAGCUAGGGCACAACUAUAUAGGAUCUGAGCACUUGCUCCUGGGCCUACUUCGUGAGGGUCAAGGUGUGGCAGCCUGUGUGCUUGAAAUCCUUGGUGCUGAUCCAAAUAACAUUCGUACCCAGGUCAUAAGAAUGGUUGGUGAGAGCACAGAAGCUGUUGGUGCUGGUGUUGGAGGAGGAAGCAGUGGCCAGAAGAUGCCAACACUUGAAGAAUAUGGUACUAAUUUGACAAAAUUGGCAGAAGAGGGAAAACUCGACCCAGUUGUUGGCAGACAGGACCAGAUUGAACGUGUAACCCAAAUUUUGGGCAGGCGAACGAAAAACAACCCCUGCCUAAUCGGAGAGCCUGGUGUUGGCAAGACUGCUGUUGCAGAGGGGCUUGCACAGCGUAUCACCAAUGGGGAUGUUCCAGAAACGAUUGAAGGAAAGAAGGUUAUUACUCUUGACAUGGGGCUCCUUGUGGCUGGUACCAAGUACCGUGGAGAGUUCGAAGAAAGAUUGAAGAAGCUUAUGGAAGAAAUCAAGCAAAAUGAAGAUAUUAUUCUCUUUAUUGAUGAAGUGCACACACUGAUUGGAGCUGGUGCAGCUGAAGGUGCAAUUGAUGCUGCUAACAUCUUGAAACCAGCUCUUGCUAGAGGUGAACUGCAGUGUAUUGGUGCCACAACUCUGGAUGAGUAUAGGAAGCACAUUGAGAAAGAUCCUGCAUUGGAGAGAAGAUUCCAGCCAGUUAAAGUUCCAGAGCCAACUGUUGAUGAAACCAUACAGAUCUUAAGAGGACUUCAUGAGAGAUAUGAACUCCAUCAUAAGCUGCGAUACACAGAUGAAGCUCUAGUUGCUGCAGCACAGUUGUCCUAUCAAUAUAUCAGUGACCGCUUCCUGCCUGAUAAAGCUAUUGACUUGAUUGAUGAAGCUGGAUCCCGUGUUAGGCUGAGGCAUGCGCAGCUGCCUGAUGAAGCCAAAGAGCUGGACAAAGAGCUCAGGCAGAUAACCAAGCAGAAGAAUGAGGCUGUACAUGGCCAAGAUUUCGAGAAGGCAGGGGAAUUAAGGGACCGUGAAAUGGAGCUUAAAGCCCAAAUUACUGCUAUUAUUGACAAGAGUAAGGAAAUGAUUAAAGCAGAGACUGAAUCUGGUGAAGUUGGUCCUCUUGUUACAGAGGCAGACAUUCAACAUAUUGUCUCCUCUUGGACUGGAAUACCAGUGGAGAAAGUCUCAUCUGACGAGUCUGACCGUCUCCUUAAGAUGGAAGAAACACUGCAUACACGUAUCAUUGGCCAGGAUGAAGCCGUCAAAGCCAUUAGCCGUGCUAUCCGCCGUGCUCGUGUUGGCCUCAAGAAUCCAAAUCGACCAAUUGCUAGCUUCAUAUUCUCUGGACCAACUGGUGUUGGCAAGUCAGAAUUAACAAAGGCUCUAGCAGCCUACUACUUUGGCUCAGAGGAAUCCAUGAUCAGGCUUGACAUGAGUGAGUUCAUGGAGAGACAUACUGUCUCCAAGCUCAUCGGGUCACCUCCAGGUUAUGUUGGCUACACUGAGGGUGGCCAACUUACUGAAGCUGUUCGUCGCCGUCCAUACACGGUUGUUCUCUUUGAUGAGAUUGAGAAGGCACAUCCAGAUGUAUUCAAUAUGAUGCUUCAGAUCUUGGAAGACGGCAGACUAACUGACAGUAAGGGGAGGACAGUUGAUUUCAAGAACACCCUGCUGAUUAUGACAUCGAAUGUUGGAAGCAGUGUCAUCGAGAAAGGAGGCCACAAGAUUGGGUUUGACCUUGAUUAUGACGAGAAGGACACAAGCUACAACAGGAUCAAGAGCCUAGUGACUGAAGAGUUAAAGCAGUACUUCCGGCCAGAAUUCCUUAACAGAUUGGAUGAGAUGAUUGUGUUCCGGCAACUGACAAAGUUGGAGGUGAAGGAGAUUGGUGAUAUUAUGCUGAAAGAAGUAUUUGACAGGCUCAAGGUGAAGGGCAUUGAUCUCCAGGUCACGGAGAGGUUCUGUGAUAGGGUUGUUGAUGAAGGUUACAACCCGAGCUAUGGUGCCAGGCCUCUGCGGCGUGCUAUCAUGAGGCUCUUGGAAGAUAGUCUGGCGGAGAAGAUGCUGGCUGGUGAGGUGAAAGAAGGUGACUCUGCCAUUGUUGAUGUGGAUUCAGAAGGCAAGGUAGUAGUCCUGAAAGGUGGUAGCGGUGUUGCUGAGCCACUCGAACCUGCUCUCAGUGUAGGUGAGCCUGAACUAAUCGGCCUGUGA